GCGGGGUCCAUGCCCCUACAUAGAUUUCCUCUCUCUCUAGCAUUCAGCUUUUCCCAUCGUCUGCUCUCGGCUAGAUAAUUGGGAGGAGGGAAGGAAGAGGUACUUCUGUAUAGCCGGGCCUGUGCGUCAGCAGAGAGGCAAAAUAAGUGGGGGGAGAAAACGUACUCCUCGUGACCCCCUCCUCCCCUUUUUCCUUCUUCUCCUUUUCCCCUCCGACUUCCUCGAUCGUCAGUCACUCGCCUCUCUUAAUUUAGGCAACUGCGAUUUUCCCCACCUGACCUGCUCUUACCAGUGUUUCUCAAUCUUUGGGAGGAGGAAAGAAGUGUAGAAGAUGACUUCAGGAGGUGGAGGAGGAGGAGGAGGAGGAGGCGGAGGAAGAAUGGCCUCGGGAAGGAUGCCAACAUGGAAGGAGAGGGAGAACAACAAGAGGAGGGAGAGGAGGAGAAGGGCCAUCGCUGCCAAGAUCUACUCGGGGCUCAGAGCCUUUGGCAACUACAAGCUCCCCAAGCACUGCGACAACAACGAGGUCCUCAAGGCCCUCUGCGCCGAGGCCGGCUGGACUGUCGAGGAGGACGGCACCACCUACCGGAAGGGCUCGAGACCACCAUCAGUCGACGCUGCAGCCGGCGGAUCGACCACCAUUAGCCCCGCGGCCUCGUCUUCGUACCACCCGAGCCCACCGUCAUCGUCCUUCCCCAGCCCCGUGCCAUCGUAUCACGCGAGCCCCGUGCCUUCUUAUCACGCGAGCCCCGCCUCCUCCUCCUUCCCCAGCCCUUCGCGCGCCUCCGCCACCGCCUCUUUCCUGAUCCCUUGGCUGAAGAACUUGGGCCACCACUCUGCGUCUAUUCCUUCCUCCCUUCCCCCUCUCCGCAUCUCCAAUUCCGCCCCCGUCACUCCUCCCCUCUCCUCCCCAACCUCCUCCUCCAAAGCGAAGCCUGACUGGGAUGCUGCUGCGGCCGCCGCCGCCGCAGCCUCCUUCGCCGGCUUUCCCCGCCAUCCCAGCUUCCCGUUCUUCGCAGCCUCGGCCCCUUCCAGCCCCACCAAACGCCGGUCUCUCUGCCGCUCGAUCCCCGAAUGCGACGAGUCGGAUGUCUCGACCGCCUGCGAUUCGACUUCCUCUGGCCGGUGGGUCAGGCUCCCUGCGGGUGCUGCCCCGACGUCGCCUACGUUCAACCUCGUCAAUGCCGCCGCGGAGCAGGGGUGGGCUCUCGGUGCUGCUGCACGGCAGGUCGCCGCCGGCGCGAUGUGGGCUGCGGCCUCUGGAAGCCGGAGCGUCGUUGGAUCGCCGGAGAGCCAGCAGCUCUCGAAGCCCGUGUUGGGCGGCGACAGUGGCAGCGGAGGGAGCGCCGCUGGUGGCGGCGAUUUUGAGUUCGAGUGUGGAAGAGUGAAGCCAUGGGAAGGAGAGAGGAUACACGAGGAUUGUGGAGAAGAAGAAAUCGGUCUGGAAGAUUUGGAGCUCACUCUCGGCAGCGGAAAACGUCGGGAACCCGGCAAGGAUUAGCCGGAAAACCCUCCCCCCAUUAGGAUUUUCACAUGUGAUCGGAACGGUGUUCGCUUCUUUUCCUUGUUCACCUUUCCCUUUUCUGUCCUGUAUUUCUAUACUUUUCGUCCUUCCUGGACCGCCGUCAUAUAGUUGCGAUCACAUGUCAAGGCCCAAAACCCAUUUUCCGGCAUUGGAUUGUAGUUUCCCCGCUUCCUAUUUCGGCGGUUUCCCGGCAAUGGUGGCGGUUUUCCGAUGAUGGUGUAAAUGAUGGUGUCGUUGAUCGACAACCCCAGCAAAUAUCAAAUGAAUUUUUUUCCCCUUUUCCUUUCA